UGUUGUGUCAUUCCUCCUCAUCAGCUCAAUUAUCCCACUAGCAUAGCCAUAUAGCUUCCUCCUUUAAUUUAUUUUCCAUCUUUUCACUCUUCUUCUUCUUCUUCUUAUUCUUCAAUUCUUGGUGUGAAAAAGAAAAAGAAAAAAAAAAUGGAAGGGGGAGUAGACCCAGCAGGAACAGAUGCAACAGCUUUCAGAGAGUGUUUAGCUUUGGCAUGGAAGAACCCUUAUGUUCUUCGCCUUGCUUUCUCUGCCGGAAUCGGUGGUCUUCUCUUUGGCUAUGAUACUGGAGUGAUAUCGGGGGCUCUUCUUUACAUUAGAGAUGACUUCAAGGCUGUUGACAGGAAAACAGUUUUGCAGGAGGCUAUAGUGAGCACAGCAGUGGCCGGAGCAAUCAUAGGCGCUGCAAUUGGCGGGUGGUUAAACGACAGAUUUGGAAGAAGGGCCGCCCUAUUGGUGGCGGACUUCCUUUUCUUCGUCGGAGCUGUGAUAAUGGCGGCCGCUCCAAGCCCUGCCCUCCUCAUCGCCGGGAGAGUUUUCGUGGGUCUCGGCGUCGGAAUGGCGUCCAUGACUUCUCCGUUGUACAUUUCCGAGGCCUCCCCUGCUAAGGUCCGGGGAGCUCUUGUCAGCACCAAUGGUUUCCUCAUCACCGGCGGCCAAUUCCUGUCCUACCUUAUCAACCUCGCCUUCACUAAGGCGCCGGGGACGUGGCGGUGGAUGCUCGGGGCGGCGGGUUUGCCGGCGCUCCUUCAGUUCAUAUUAAUGCUGCUUCUCCCGGAGUCUCCUCGCUGGCUUUACCGACAGGGGAGAGCAGAGGAAGCAGAGGCAAUUCUGAGGAAAAUAUACUCGCCGGAGGAAGUAGAACCGGAGAUUCAAGCUCUGAAGGAAUCAGUUGAGAAAGAAGCAGAAGAAUCCAAGGAAUCCGAGAGAAUCAGCGUCCUUAAACUCUGCAAAAUCACGGCCAUAAGACGGGGUCUUAUCGCCGGCGUGGGGCUUCAGAUUUUCCAGCAAUUUGUGGGCAUAAACACCGUGAUGUAUUACAGCCCCACCAUAGUUCAGCUGGCCGGCAUCGCCUCGAACCGGACGGCGCUCCUCCUUUCGCUAGUCACCGCCGGGCUCAACGCCGCCGGCUCCGUCGUGAGCAUAUAUUUCAUAGACCGGACAGGGCGGAAGAAGCUCCUGGUUUUCAGUUUGUGCGGCGUGAUUCUCUCUCUCGGGUUUUUGUCGGCGGUUUUCCACGAGGCUACCUCGCAUUCCCCCAUGGUUAGCCAGGCUGAGACCGCACAUUUCUCAGGAUUCGCCUGCCCUGCUGGCUAUCACGACGGCGCCAGAUCGUCUCCGGUUUUGGAUUGUACUGGGUGUUUGAAAGCUUCUUCUAGCUGCGGUUUCUGUGCUUCUCCUCAGAACAAGCUACUUCCAGGUGCCUGUUUGAUCUCAAACGAUACAAUUAAGGAUGCUUGUCAUGGAGAACACAGACUAUGGUACACCAGGGGGUGCCCUAGUAGUUUCGGUUGGCUAGCCCUAAUCGGUCUGGCGCUCUACAUCAUCUUCUUCUCCCCGGGAAUGGGCACAGUGCCAUGGAUUGUGAACUCGGAGAUAUACCCUCUGAGGUUCCGAGGAUUGUGUGGAGGCAUUGCUGCCACGGCCAACUGGGUUUCCAAUCUCAUCGUCGCCCAGUCUUUCUUGUCUCUAACCCACGCCAUUGGAACAUCAUGGACCUUCCUCGUAUUCGGUGUGAUAUCUGUUGUCGCCUUGUUCUUCGUACUGGUUUGCGUUCCAGAAACCAAGGGGCUCCCCAUCGAGGAAAUUGAGAAGAUCUUGGAGGGUAGAGCCCUGCGAUUAAGGUUUUGGAAGAAAAGGUCUCCAAGUAGCAGCAAAGAUGGAGAAAAUGUUUGAUGGGAUAAAAGAGUUGCAACUAUUCUAUAAUAAUUAGUUUUUAAGUGUACCUAGGUUUCUAAUUUUCUAUCGUCAGACAUAGUGACACUGACAUGUGUGUUACGUUUGUAUAUGUAAUUCAAGUUAGCAUAUGUUUAUAUUUUUCGAGUGUUUCCGUCCACCUGAUUUAAAAAUAGCAUAUAUUUAUGUUA